AUGAUGAAAUCAAUUGAAAUUGAAAUGAAAUCAAUGGAUUCAAAUAAAACUACAUCUGCUUUUAUUAAUCAACAACACAAAUUAUCAGAAUUACGUCAAAGGAUUAAACAUAUUCAAACAACUCUUAGAAUGUUAAAACAUCAUAUUAAGAAAAGAGAUUUAAAAGAUUUAAAAGGAGUGGUUACUCAUUGCAGAGAAUCAGGAAGUGCUCUUUUGAUUUUGAUUAGAUUUAAGAUUUUAGAGUUAGAUGAAUUGCCCAUUGAAUUAGGAUCAAUGGAUCAUACACCGAACGAUGAUUCAUUCGUAACAGCAUCACCUGGUAAUGAUACUGUCAAUGUCGACAGUGAUGGGCCUGAUGGACCUAAUUUAAUGAAAGUUACAAGAUGGGGAGUAGGCUACUUCGCUGCUGCUACUAUAUUCACUCUAUUGGAUGUAUUCAGCUACAUCAAUCGUCGCCAGAAUAAAGCACCAGGGUUAUGGAUAACUACAAUUAUCCUAAACAUUAUUGGUUUUUUGAUUUCUUUUACAACCGUUUUGCUUACUUUAAAAGCUGAUGGAGGCAAUUAUAUAAAUGGAAGGUUUUCAGGUAUUCAUCGUUGCUUAAGAGCUUUCAUAGCUCUGCUUUUCUUUUUAACGGGGGCAAUUAUUAUUUGGAGGUUUAGCAAUUCACAAUUACAGGAUUUGGCCACAAGUCCACUUCAUGUUGAACCUGGUAAGGAUUCUACACCUGAAAUCAAUACAACCUUUUCUCUAGAUGAUUAUUUUAAUAAAACAAAGUUUGAUAAAUCAAUAAUCACGUUAGUUUCUAUUGAUGAUUAUGGUAAGGGUAAUUAUACUGUAAGAAAGGAACAAAAUUUCGAUAAUGAUACUUAUAGUGAAACUGAUGAUUAUGAUGGUAAUUACAGUCCUAUAAGAAAGGAUCAAAAUUUCGAUAAUGAUACUUAUAGUGAAACUGAUGAUAAUGAUGGUAAUUAUACUGUAAGAAAGGAUCAAAAUUUCGAUAAUGAUACUUAUAGUGAAACUGAUGAUAAUGAUGGUAAUGAUGGUAAUUAUAACCAAUAA